AAUUCGAUGGAUGACUGGAGUUUCCCUUGCGGUCUGAAGAUUAAUGGAAGGGGUCUGUUGAUCUCAGGAAUCGGCUAUCAGAUGGUCGGUCCCAGGAAACCGUAGCAAUUGGUGCCUGGUUUUGAAGCGAAUGGCGAGAUAACAGCUUAAGUAAAUCAACAGCAGCAGAGACGAUUACCUGGACACUACUUUUGCUAUCCAGGUCUUACUUGAAAAGGCCUGCAUGCACGGAGAUAGCACCUGGUUUGCUCAGGCCAGGAUACGACUUCGAGGGACGCUUGAAGCUAAUGCUAGCUUGCUUGUUAAAUUUACAGAAAACAUCAGUGGGCGAUCUGUUAACGGUCCGGACUGGAUUUUGGACAAACCCCUGGGAUUAAGGCAAACUCGAGUGACUUCUUGAUUUGCCGAAGCUCGCUUGAAAAGUGACGGGCUAACGCUAUAGAGCUAACAUCCUUAGACCAUCCCUGCCAGAGUUAGCUAGCUUGCUAGCCUAGCUAAGCGUUGAUGUUAGCUGCAUACUUGGAGAUAGCAUCUCGCCUGGUUUGAGUUUUCUGGACACCUUAAGGAGAGUGAUAGAGGUAAAUGUACUUAUACUUUUUAGUCGAUAAUGAUAGCUGUUAGCUAGUAGCCAGCUGCCAGCUUCAUUGAGUCCAGAGAGGUGUUAGCGGUGUAGCAUCACUCAACAACUUGUAAAGGAAGACCCAGUUCAAGCCCAGGGACUCAGCCAUCAGCCUGCCAUCAUGGGCAACACGCCCACCGCAAAGAAGGGCAAUGAGAUGGAAAGUGUGAAGGAGUUUCUUGCAAAAGCCAAAGAAGAUUUCCUGAAGAAAUGGGAGAAUCCAGCACAGCAAACUGCGGCAUUGGAUCACUUUGAUCGUCUGAAGACCUUAGGCACUGGUUCAUUUGGUCGAGUCAUGCUGGUUAAACACAAAGAGACAGGCCAGCACUUUGCCAUGAAAAUACUUGACAAACAGAAGGUCGUGAAGCUGAAACAGAUAGAACACACACUGAACGAGAAACGUAUUCUGCAAGCUGUCAGCUUUCCUUUUUUGGUGCGACUGGAGCACUCUUUUAAGGACAACAGUAAUCUGUAUAUGAUUAUGGAGUAUGUUCCUGGGGGUGAAAUGUUCUCACACUUAAGGAGAAUCGGCAGAUUCAGUGAACCACACGCCCGCUUCUACGCAGCCCAGAUUGUACUGACCUUUGAAUACCUUCACUCGCUGGAUCUCAUCUACCGGGAUCUUAAACCAGAGAACCUUCUCAUUGACCAGCAAGGUUACAUCCAGGUAACAGAUUUUGGAUUUGCAAAAAGGGUGAAGGGCCGAACCUGGACGCUUUGUGGGACCCCUGAGUAUCUGGCCCCAGAGAUCAUCCUCAGUAAGGGUUACAAUAAAGCGGUGGACUGGUGGGCUCUGGGAGUGCUGAUAUAUGAGAUGGCAGCUGGUUACCCUCCCUUCUUUGCAGACCAGCCUAUUCAGAUUUAUGAGAAGAUUGUAUCAGGGAAGGUCCGCUUUCCCUCCCACUUCAGCUCAGACCUGAAGGAUCUGUUGAGAAAUUUGCUGCAGGUGGACCUGACCAAGCGCUUUGGCAACCUCAGGAAUGGAGUCAAUGAUAUCAAGACUCACAAGUGGUUUGCUACCACUGAUUGGAUUGCCAUCUACCAGAGGAAGGUCGAAGCUCCCUUUAUUCCUAAGUGCAAAGGCCCUGGUGACACAAGCAACUUCGACGACUACGAGGAAGAGGAAAUCAGAGUCUCCUUCACAGAGAAGUGUGCAAAGGAGUUUGCUGAGUUCUAGAUUCCGACCAUGAGUAGCGAAAAGACAGAGAGAGACAGAUAUGUAGAAAGUCAAAGGGGGUCAAAAGGAGGAAGCUCUAGGGUGGACUGCUAACUUGCUUAUAUGUAAUGGCGACAACAAUGUAAAAUCCCCCAAAAGGAAAGGUAGGCAAAGUGCAGACAGAUCCAACAGAACCAGCAGUGUUGCCUUUUCUGAUUGUUUCUCAACUGUUACCUUUUCAUUUUAUUUACCCCUCUUGUGUUUGUGGCAGGGGCUGGAGAAGAAAACAGGCAUAGGUUGUGGCUGUCCAGCUAUACGUGUAUCUUUUCUGAUUGUAUAAUGACAUGUUUUCAGUCUUUGCAGGUUGAGGCAUUGAUUUUCUGUUGAGGUACUGAAUCUGCUAGGCUCCUUUUUUAACGGACCAUCUCUACAAGCUUCUCAGAGAGUGAUUGUUGUACCUUGUCAUCCUGCCCCCCCCCCAAAAAUCUCUCUAUCCUGAAUCAGUCCAAGCAAUACCAAGUCCAACAGAUGUGCCUAUCAUAAUGCCAACUGGUUGGAAAACUGUGUCGAAAGCAUUGGCGCAGAGCUUUGGCCAUGGUGGCAUCAGCCCUUGUGCCCGUUUGGUUUAAAGCUUGAACACACUCAGCGCCUGCCUUUGUCUGCUCAAUGUGGCAUGAUUAUUGGGUAGAUGAUGCACUCACUGCUUGCGGUCGGUGCAGUGGUGACCUCUUUGAUCAGAGUGAAUCUGAUUUUAUCACAGUACACUUCGUCUUCUAGGCCUUACUCCACGUGAGGACCUGUGAGAAACGGUAAACUUGAGGUCUGCAUUGAAGUCUGUCUUUCUCUUAGCUGAAUUUAUUAGAGCAGUUUAAGAAUCCUAUUGGUGAUCAUUUUGUCCUUUUUAUGUCGAUCUCUGUGCUUGUGUGUUACUUAGUGCUCAAGGGUGGGUUUAAAAAGCUGUGAUUUAGCAGCAACUAACUGUGGUCACACUCCUGACUAUUGUUUAUUUAAAUCAUAGUACAUUUAUAGCAGAUUUCUCUAUCUUUACUUAUAUGUGUAUCUUUGUAUAUAAAUAUAUAUAUAAAUAAUGAUAGAGAAUAUUAAUCCAUUUUCCUCUUUUUCAACUGUGUCUCAUAGCUGUGAAACUGAAAUAAGAUUUCAUAAAUAAACAAUUAUGACUUCUGCCAAAUUUGCAAACUGAGAGCAUUGCAAAGUUUUCUGUAUGUAACUAUGAUGGUGGUGGAUUUUAAUACGCAAAAAAAGUAGCAAAAAUGUCUCAACAAAAUGUGCAUGUUAUUUUUGUACAAUAUCACUUUGAAAGAAAGAUGGCAGAGCGUCAUGCUUUAUUUGUGCUGAGGUACAUGGCAUCAUGGAUAAAAUGCUUAACUGACAACAUUGACUCUCGGCUGCUCUAUUUUGAAGAUGGAACUAGGAAGUUCUGCUGGGCUGUGUUCAAUAUUCAGUCGUAAGGUAACAGUGCAGAUAAUUUUCUCUGAACGUGUGCUUCUCAUAUUGAUAUUUUUUAAUCCCUUUCCCCUUCUCUUGUAUAUACCAUCAUGUAACACCUUCAGAUAGAUUUGAAGUCCAACCAAAUUAUUAGGCGUGUUAAGAUUGGAGUGUUUUUCCCUUUUUUUUUUUUAUUUUAGCUUUCUAUGUAACAAAGAAAGCUAUCCUAAAACUGUCCUUUUUUGCCAAGAUUAUUUCUGUGGAUGCAAGACAAUCGCAGACCAAAUCUUAUUGCUGGUUUGUUGACUGAACACAUUAUGGUUUGAUGAAGGAUGUUCAACCGCCUCCCACCCCUCCUCCAUAAGCCCUAGGUGCUAGUAUUUUUCCAUCUCACUGAAAAGCUUCUGUGAAUUGUUUAAUGUGCAUCAAUUUAAUUGUCAGUCUUGUAACAUGACAUUUUUGAGAAUGUUUUUUUGACUCAAAGUGAUUUCGCUAGGCUUGAGUCAUCACUUUGGCCGUCUCUUAAUGUAACUGAGAUCAAAUGCAGGAUAACUUUUGAAUGUCUUGAUUUGUCUGAUGGAAAUAUUUCAAAGCUGUUUGGAAACAUGAAAUGUUUUUGUAUAAUGCAUCUCUGGUGAGCCUGGUUUUUCUUGCAUGUGGUAAAGCAGCCCAACAGCAAGACAUCUCCAGGAUCUGAGGGAUGUUUGAGAAUACAAUGUUUCCACAGCCGACAGUCUCAUCUCUAUGUAACCUUUGUUUUGUUAGAGCAUAACUGAGCAUUGCAGUGAAUCAACAAACAACUUUUUAAGUCUUGCAAAUAGUGAAGCACAUGCCAUACCCUUUCAGAUCUCUGAUUAUUGAUCCUUGCUAAUUAUUUGAAACUUCCAAGACACAAUGUAACGCUUUAGAGAGAGCACAUGUAAAUUUUUUAUUUUCUGACAAGACUACAAGUCCUAGAUGAUUUUGGUGAGUAGAAGGCAACACCAAUUGAUCCACUUUGGACACUGAAGCCAUCAGAAUUAUUUUUCAAUUUACAUUUGUUUCCCAUGCAAAAAUGAUUUCUAUAUGCUUGAAAUUUCUCCUAUCAGCUUAACAGUAUCAUCUGCUUUGUGCUAAUACUGAAUUUUUCUCCUGGGUUUGCCUUCUAUUUUCAUAAACUUUCCGCACAUUCAUUCAAACAUAACACUUUUUACAUCAGAGAUGUUUUGCGUUCAUAUUUUCUAAUUGUAUUUUCAAAAAAUAAGAAAAAGCAAAAACAGAAAAUUAAUCUUUUUUUUCCUCAUGACCUGGGUACAGUGAUUGUGUAGUCUAUUGUACCUUUUGGGAAACAAUACUGUAUAUCCUUGCCUUUGACAGUCUUAACUAUCUUACCCUCUGGAGAACUUGACAGAUACCCUUAGAACACAAUGAGUAUGUUAAAAAAAAUAUAAAGUAAUAUUUUGCAAAAUGUAUCAUUCCAAUAAACUUUUACUUGUUAAGACU